AUUACAUAAUUCAGUGCAAACGGUCGUAGUCAACAAGAUAAGAGUGUUGUAUCCACUUAAUUUAAUACAACUUUUAUCAGUAUUACACGUAGUUUAUUCAAAAGUAGUUCUAUUUGCUGCUGUGUUUUUUCGACGAUUAGAACGGUCACAUUAUGUUGAAGGGUCUCGUAGGUCUAGUGACUGGAGGUGCGUCCGGACUAGGACGAGGAACAGCUGAAUAUCUUAUCAAGCAAGGGGGUAGGAUCGUCAUAUGUGACCUGCCCAACAGCAAGGGCCAUGAGGUGGCUAAGUCUAUGGGAGAAAAUGCGGCAUUCGUGCCAGUUGAUGUGACGUCAGAGAGCGACGUGAAGAAUGCUCUACAGGCUACGGUGGACAAGUUCGGAAGGCUGGACGUAGCUGUCAACUGCGCGGGAGUGCUGCAUGGUGCCCUCACCUACAACUUCAAGAAGAACGAAGCGUACAACCUAGAAGCUUUCCAGAGAGUCGUCAAUAUCAACCUGAUCGGAAGCUUCAAUGUGAUCCGUCUGGCCGCCGGUUUGAUCGGCAAGAACGCACCCGACGCGGACGGACAGAGGGGUGUUAUUGUUAACACUGCCAGCAUCGCCGCAUUCGAGGGACAGAAAGGUCAAGCGGCCUACUCGGCAUCAAAAGGGGCUAUAGUGGGAAUGACUCUACCAAUAGCUAGAGAUCUGUCGAGUCAAGGCAUCAGAGUCGUAACUAUUGCUCCAGGUUUCUACAGCACUCCCAUGACUUCAUCUUUGGAAAAGAAAGUUGGUGACAGCUUGAUAAGCGCCAAUCAGUUUCCAAAAAGAGCAGGCAGGGUGGAAGAAUACGCCAUGCUGGUGCAACACAUCAUUCAGAAUACCAUGCUGAACGGUGAAACUAUACGACUUGAUGCCGCGCUUCGUUUACCGUAAUUAAAAGUCCUGAAGUAGU